AUGACAAUGACUGACGCCGAGCUCGAUCGCGACUGGCAGCCCAAUGGCCGCCGCCCCCAGUCGACCAUUGCCCGCUCCUUUUCCCAAGAGCUCGGUGACAUUUUCCGCAUCGAAGACUCCCUGACCGAUUUGGACAACAAAGUUGACCAAAGAAGACAAAACGUUGGUAAAAACACCCAAGAGCUUGCCGACAUUGAAGCUCGCAUCCGCGAGAUGGAGGACCGUCUCCGCCGCAGCCAGCAAUCCCGCCCUGCUAUCCAGACGGGCGCCUCUUCCUCCACCUCCCAGAAACGGACCGAUGCCACCAAGCCCUCAAAGGAUAACAGCAAGCCGUGGUCACGGCCUGGCACCGCCCGUCCCAGCCAGCCGGCCCCCAGCUCUGGUCGCAUGCCCCCAACUCCCGGGGCCAGCGAAGGUGAAUACUAUGCCGUCACACGCGCUGAUUUGGACCCCGGCCUUGGCUGA